CACGCCCCGACGCUGUGGGACUAUCCACUUAGUCGGCCCUGAAGCUUCCCAGUGACCAGGAGUUCGGAGCAGGUCUGGGCUGACGUCGCCGCCCAGAUGGCCUCCAGGCUGACCCCGCUGACCCUCCUGCUGCUGCUGCUGCUGGCUGGGUCUCUUGAACCACAGGAUAGAGCCUCCUCCAAUCUGAUUGGUAUCAGCCCCGUGGAUCCAGAGAGCUUACAAGGAGGGGCAAAUGAAGGAGAUAUCCCCAAAGGAGAUAUUCCCAACAAUGUAUCCAUUCAAGACACCGAGGGCUCUUCCACGCUGCUGAAAACCAACUUGACCAUCGAAACAGCCAAUACCACCCAGCCCUUCAACCAGGCCACCACUCAACCCAUCCAACCAACUACCCAGGCCACUACUAAGCCCUUCUGCCCAGCACCUGUCACCUCCUGCUCUGACUUGGAGAGUCAUUCAGCAGAGGCCAUGCUGGGGGAGGCUUUGACAGAUUUCUCCCUGAAUCUCUACCACACUUUCUCAGUAAUGACGAAGGAGGAGACCAACAUUGUCUUUUCCCCGUUCAGCAUCGCCAGCCUCCUCACUCAAGUCCUGCUCGGGGCUAGAGGAGAAACCAAGGAAAGCCUGGAGCAACUCCUCUCCUACCCCAAAGACUUUACCUGUGUCCACCAGGCCCUGAAGGCCUCCACAUCCAGAGGCUUUACCACAGUCUCUCAAAUCUUCCACAGCCCAGACCUGGCUAUAAAGGACACCUUUGCGAAUGCCUCUCAGAGCCUGUAUGGCAACAGCCCCAAAGCCCUGGCAAAUGACAGUAAAGUCAACUUGGAGUUCAUCAAUGCCUGGGUGGCCAAGGAGACCAACCGCAAGAUCGGGCAACUGCUAGACAGCCUGCCCGAGGACCCCCGCCUUGUCCUCCUCAACGCUAUCUACCUGAAUGCCAAGUGGAAGACAACAUUUAACCACAGCAGAACAAAUGUGAAUGCCUUUUACAGCAGAUCCUCUGUGAUAAAAGUGCCCAUGAUGAAUAGCAAGAAGUACCCUGUGGCCCACUUCACAGACCCGACUUUGAAGGCCAAGGUGGGCCGUCUGCAGCUGUCCCACAACCUGAGCUUUGUGAUCCUGGUGCCCCAGACCUUGAAACACCGUCUCAAAGACAUGGAGCAGGCCCUCAGCCCCCCUGUCUUCAAGGCCAUCAUGACGAAGCUGGAGUCGGCCAAGUUCCGUCCUACCCACCUGAUGAUGCCUCGCAUCAAAGUGAAGAGUAACCAGGACUUGCUGGAAUUCUUUGACCUUACCUACAACAUCAACCUGUGCGGGCUGACAGAGGACCCGGAUCUGCAGCUUUCUGCGAUGCAGCACCAGUCCAUGCUGGAGCUGACGGAGAGCGGGGUGGAGGCGGCUGCAGCCUCCGCUAUCUCUGUAGCCCGCAGUUUGCUGGUGUUUGAAGUGCAGCAGCCCUUCCUCUUUGUGCUCUGGGACCAGCAGCACAAGUUCCCGGUCUUCAUGGGGCGGAUAUAUGAGCCCAGCACCUGAGACCUGCAGGAGGCCGACCAGGGCAAGCCCCCUCUGGCCUCAGCUCUUCUAGUUGCAGCCCCGCUGCUGCCUGCCUGGACUUGUCCCCGGCUGCCUCCCAUCUCAGGUCAGCCCUCCACCUGAAGGGCUCCCUUGGGGUCUAGUGAGGGGACCUGCUUCUAUCCUCCCUUCCCCGUGACUCUCCAAAGCACUUUCUGCAGCGUUCUCUGGUACAAAUACAGCAGACUCUACAAAUAAAAGCUGGCAGA